AUGGCAAACGAUCUUUACACCCAAAAUGACACGUGCCACAAACAGUUAUUGAAAUUGCAUUUAGAUAUUACGGGUAACUUAAUCUUUUUCCUUUUGAUAGGUACAUUGGACGUUCAUAGAGAUCUGGAGAAACUAGUCGCAAGAUUUUUAGGCGUAGAAGAUAGCAUAGUAGUAGGAAUGGGAUUUGCCACUAAUUCGACCUGUAUUCCCGCCUUAGUUAGCAAAGGGUGUCUAAUACUGAGCGACGAACUAAAUCACGCUUCUCUUAUUCUGGGUUGCCGAAUUUCGGGAGCUGUCAUUCGCGUCUUCAGACACAACGACAUGAAUGAUUUGGAAGCAAAAUUACGUAAUGCCAUCGUUACGGGCCAUCCCCGCACGAGGAGACCCUGGAAGAAAAUCGUCAUCAUUGUUGAAGGAAUUUAUAGUAUGGAAGGUACAAUAGUAAAUUUACCCGCCGCCAUCCAUUUAAAGAAGAAAUACAAAGCUUAUCUCUACGUGGAUGAAGCCCACAGUAUAGGUGCUCUAGGUUGUAACGGCAGGGGCGUCGUCGACUAUUAUAACUGUGAUCCCAAAGAUGUAGAUAUAUUAAUGGGGACCUUCACCAAAAGUUUCGGAGCUGCGGGAGGGUACAUCGCAGGCUCCAGGGAAUUGAUAGACUAUCUGAGGAGCCACUGCUACAGUUUCAGUUAUGCAACUAGUAUAUCAUCUCCCGUCGUUUGUCAAAUCGCUUGUACAAUGAAAAUUAUUAUGGGUGAAGAAGGAAAUGGCGAAGGAAGAAAACGCAUCGCACAACUCGCCCACAAUACACAGUAUUUCAGACAGAAAUUGAAAGAGAUGGGAUUCAUCAUCUAUGGUAACAAAGAUUCUCCUGUAGUUCCACUUAUGUUGUUCCUUCCAGCAAAACUUGCGUAAGUAUAUAUGUAUUAAUAUUUA